UUCCUACACACACAUCAUAUAUUUCUCUCAAAAUCCAAUUACACCAAAGCAAGAAGUUUUCUUCCAUGGCUAUGAUGACUAGUAACAAGUGUGCCACCAUUUUUCUUGCGUUAUAUAUGAUGGCAGCCGCCACGGCUAAGCUACAAAGAUUUGAUCAUUUGCCAACAAAAGCAGAUGGGUCUCUAGACAUAUUGGUGAUCGGCGAUUGGGGAAGGAGAGGAUUAUACAACCAAUCUAACGUCGCAUUUCAGAUGGGCAAAGUGGGAGAAGAACUGGAUGCAGAUUUUAUAAUAUCGACCGGUGACAACUUUUAUGAUCAUGGGUUAGUCGACGAAGAAGAUCCUUUGUUUACCGAGUCAUUUACUAAAAUAUAUACAGCAAACAGCUUACAGAAACAAUGGUACUCAGUGUUGGGGAAUCAUGACUACAGAGGCAAUGUCUUGGCACAGCUGAGUCCUGACCUCAGACAAAAAGAUAGUAAAUGGCUUUGUCUUAGGUCCUUCAUUGUCAACUCAGAAAAUGUGGAAUUUUUUUUUGUUGACACAACACCAUUUCAAGAUAAAUAUUUCACAGAAGACGACCACACAUAUGACUGGAGAGGUGUGCUUCCUAGAGAAGAAUAUCUCUCGAAGGUUUUAAAGGAAGUUGAUAUGGCUCUCGAAGAAUCGAGUGCCAAGUGGAAAAUUGUGAUUGGUCACCAUACCAUUUUUAGUGCUGGUCAUCAUGGAAACACCCAAGAGCUUGUGGAUCAACUUUUGCCCAUCCUUGAGGCAAAGAAAGUUGAUCUUUACAUAAAUGGGCAUGAUCAUUGCUUACAACAAAUCAGCAGCCGAAAUAGUCACCUUCAGUUUCUAACAAGCGGAGGUGGGUCAAAGGCUUGGCGGGGUGAUAUCAACAAAUGGCCGGACCAGAACGAGAUGAAGUUCUAUUAUGAUGGUCAAGGUUUCAUGACACUUGGAGUAACUGAAAAUACAAUCAGUGUGGCUUUCUAUGAUGUGUUUGGCGAAAUCAUCCACUCGUGGAGUACAUCCAAAUAUACAUACAUGGACGCUUAAUUAAUAUUAUAUAUUCAGGAUAUGAUAUGGUGUCCUAGAGCGAUAAAAAUCUGUUAGAAUAAGUUGUAUCUGCAAAUCAUUUCUAAUCUUGGCUUCAUUCA